AACAAUUGAAUCAAGGCAAGAUGACAGAAGACAGAAGACAGACAAAAAAGUCUGCAUACACCAUAGAUACUUCAGAAGCGCUUUUAUACUCUGAUACUCUGCUUCGAGUAGUAAAUUGUUCAGUAAUCUUUGUCAUCGACUGGUUAACAGUAUUGUACAAGAUGAGUGACACUGUUGAAACAGAAAAGUAUAAACUAAAACAGGCGCUUGAGAUGAUUCAGCCAGUUUUAAUGUCAAAGCUCCAGAAAGCUAAACCUUUCAUGAAAGAGGGUGACUUGGAGGCACUACAUCGACUGGCAGAAGGCAAAGGCACAUGUUAUUAUAAAUUUAGUAAUAAUGAGUGGAUUAGCUCAAUACCAUUAGAAUCAAAUGAGAACCUUAAUAUAUUCCUGUGCACUCUACUGGCAUUCAUCUGGCAGACACACGAGCUUAAACAGAUAUCAUAUGAUCCAAUUGACCUGCGAAUCGCCAGAUCAAAGAGAAGGAUCCAUGAAGAAGAAAAUAUAAACGAAAGGGGAAAUGAAAUCGAAGAAACGGGAAAUGAAAUUGAAAAAAGGGGAAAUGAGGAAAAUUCUGGAGAUGAUUCUGAAGAAGACGAAGAAGCUCUCUCUGAAGAUGGAAUCAACUAUCUGAUUGGCCCCUAUGAAAUUGACUUGGGAAGAGAAGAUACAUACCAUUCUCUGUUCGCAACUCACCGAAAAAGUUGUGAACGCAGACAACGCAAUUUUCUGAACUCAAAGCACCUUCCAAAAGCACGCAAACUGUCCGGGGUUGAUAUAUGGAGAUAUGGAUACAAAUUUAAUAAGGCUGUCCUAGAAAAAGCAGCAGCUUCCCUGGAGGAGCUGAAUAUAGAAGACUUAGACGUCAAGUUCAUUGAUGUAUUAGAAAAUGCAUACAUGCCAAAGCUGCGCAGACUCAACUUAUGGCUCAGAAAAGUCGAUGAGGAAAAUGACAGACCUCCAUUUAUUUUCCCUUCACCAAAGGAGGGUCACAUAGGACUACGAUACCUGAGAGCUCAUGUGCCUAGGCCUGCACUUGAGUCUCUGCUCUCAAGCAAUGCUAAGACCCUGCUAGAGGUGCACUUAAAAGUUGGUACUGCCCACAGUAAUUGGGACAGGUGGCCAAAUAGUUGUAGGGAUCUUGACAAACUACUUGAAUGUUGCAAGGGAACACUACGCCGGCUGGUACUGAUUCGUGAUUCAUAUGCACAUACCAGAGCCUCCUGCAAAGAUCAGGUUGAAGCUCUAAAGCAAAAUUUACCUGGCUUGAAUGUUACAUGUGAAUAUUGUUGCCCCAAGUAAUCCAGAGAUGGAAAUAAAUUAAGUUUUCCACCAA